GCGGCCUCGAGAAGAACAGUCGUUCCUUCAGCAGAGAUUCUUUUCGUGUGCUCUUAGAACUGGUUUCAAUUUGAAAAUGCUGCUGAUAUCACUUAUGCUGAUGGCUUUUGGCCUGGCCCAAACGCUGCCCAUCGAGGAGGCCAAAACGCCGCCGCCGACCAGCGAAGUGCCCGAUUCAGGGCGAGUGGUUUUCGAUCAGCGGCAGACGGGCAGAUUCAACAUCCAUGUUAGCAUCAAGGAUGUGGCCAUCAUCGAGUUGGGCAAGAACGGACUGGCCGAGGAGACGCAUAACGAUGAGGAGGAUUACUACUAUGAUGACAGUGCGUUGACCGUCAAGCCGAUCAGGCUAACCACAGAGACCAGUAGCACCACCACAACCAGCACCACACCGGCCUCCCUGCCAGAGAGCACUGUAUCUACAGUGGCCCAUACCACCGAAGCCACCCAGCCGAAUGCCAACUCAAGCUCAAGUCUGCAGGCUGACAUUGCAGCCAGCAGUAGCCCAGUAUCGAAGCCCAAGUCCAGGCUGAACAACCUCAUGAUUGUGGAGACGCCAAUCGGUGGAACACCCAAGCACCUGCACCACAAGCUCCAUGCUCGCUCCAAAAAUAUACCCAUUUUGGCCGAGGAUGCAACUGCCGCCAUAACGCCACCCACUUUGCGCGAGAGCAUUGAGAACACCGCGACAAAGGGUCACAACUCGCCCAUUUACAAGGUCAAAGUUCAAGGAUCUUCGAUACCGACAACCAAGAAACCCGACCCCUGCCGAAAUCAUGUGAUGAGCAAGUGCCUCGACUCGAUCUCCACCCAGCUGUUCAACCUUGUGGUGGGGAUGAACUUUCCGUUUUUGGUAGUCGCGAAUGACCCCGAAAAUGCUGAGAAAGUGAUGACUUAACAUUUUUAACUACCAUAUAGUUCUAUGGUAUAGUUUAAGUGCCACUAAUUGGAUCUAAGCCAUUGGCGUGAAAUACAUUGACUGAAACCCAGUAUAUUAAAGAGUU